CCAAUUUAGACUUAUUUUGUUUGAGAUGCGAAUGUGCUGUGUCUGCUUGGAAGUUUCUGACUUCGACUUCGAGAGGGUAAAAGGCCAAGAGGAUUUCUAGGGUUUACCUGCACCAGACCAUCUGGUCUGUUCUUGACUCGUUUGUUGUAGAAUCGUAGAUAUUACCGGAGCCAUAUUAUGUCUUUUUUCAAUCUUAGAGCUCGAUUUGGUCUAAGUCCGCUGUGCAGAGCCAUGGUAUCUGACCAGGACAGGUGACCUAUCUUCCACUUCUGGAUCUGUCUGGAAGUUCUCCAAUUCGUCGAAGCCAUGUCAACAUCCAAGAAGGUGAUCACAAGGGAAGAAUGGGAGAAAAAGCUUAAAGAUGUGAAUAUAAGGAAGGAGGAUAUGAAUAAGUUGGUGAUGAACUAUCUGGUGACGGAAGGUUAUGUUGAGGCGGCCGAGAAAUUUAGAAUCGAGUCUGGCACCGAACCGGAAAUAGAUCUUGCCACAAUAACCGACCGCAUGGCGGUGAAAAAGGCUGUUCAGUCUGGUAAUGUGCAAGAUGCAAUAGAGAAAGUCAAUGACUUGAAUCCGGAGAUUCUUGAUACCAAUCCACAACUAUAUUUCCAUCUACAACAGCAAAGACUGAUAGAAUUAAUACGAUAUGGAAAAGUAGAAGAGGCUCUCGAGUUUGCACAGGAAGAGCUUGCACCAAGAGGGGAGGAAAAUCAAAACUUUUUGGAGGAAUUGGAGAGGACAGUUGCCCUGCUAGCAUUUGAGGAUGCAAAGAAUUGUCCCUAUGGUGAACUUUUGGAUGUGUCACAGCGGUUAAAAACUGCAAGUGAGGUGAAUGCUGCCAUAUUAACAAGUCAGAGCCACGAGAAAGAUCCAAAGCUUCCAAGCUUGCUAAAGAUGCUUAUAUGGGCUCAAAACCAGCUUGAUGACAAAGCAGCUUAUCCUCGUAUCAAUGAUCUAUCCACAGCAACACUAGAAGAGCCGGCCAUCUAAAGUGGAAGCUUUCAAUACUCAAAAUAUUGGAAACCAGGUCAGAUGCUUCGAUUUUUCAUUGGAUGGAGUGAUGGGGGUUUAUGUGAAAUUUGAAUCCCGAGCCACAUUAUUUAGUUUUAAGGUGACAUUUCUCUGCUGCAAUCAUGAUGUACAAGUUGUGUUGUGACUACGUUUUUUUUUUUUUUUUUAUGUUCCCUCAAAAUAUAUAGACUAUAAACUUUAUAAAUAUUUAUUCCGUGAUGACGGACUUCAAUUCUACUUCUAACUUGAGAUGUGUUAGUACCAUGUAGUUCUUUAUGUCC